AUGCCUUCCAAGACGAUAGACGAGUGGUCAGUGUCCAUGCUAACAGGCGGGGUACCUGUCAACUUCCCUUACUCAGCAUCUUCCGCAUCAGUCUUCUCCGAAGAUGGCAGGUAUUUAAUCACGACAUUAUCGCAUCAAAUAAGAGUCUACUUCAUCUCCACUAGACAGUGCAUCAGGACCAUAGACAUAGACCUCAGCGAGCUCGCGGAUGUCAAGUUGGACGUUACAAAUCCGAACCAUGUUGUUUUGUUCAAAAGCUCGGGAGAAAUCAUCGUCGUCAAUUACAAAGACAAGUUGAUCGAUCCCGUGAUUUCCAGGACCAGUAUCCAGCAGCAAUUGGAGACUUUGAGCGUGUUGAGCGUCGUGAGUGUAAAGCACGACAAGUAUGUUGUUGUGACGGGCAAGGCUCUUGAUAAAAAGAAAAAGGGACACGGUCCGCACACGAGACACCUCAUCUCCGUUGACCGCACUGCAGAUUCCGUUAGCCACAUUGUGGAGAUCCAAAAUGUCCUCAACUACGCGGUGUCGUUGGACACUUCCAAGAUUGCAUUUGUCACGGCUGACCAGCUGAUAUUGUUGUUGGAUCUCGAGAUUUUCUACAGCAACAGUUUAGACGACGUGGAACCGCUCUCGCUCACCCUGGCUAAAAACUGGGAGGAGUUGAUUGUGAGCGAAGUGAUACCUUUCCAGUACAGAUCUCCCAUCACGUGCGCCGCCGUCUCCAAUGACUCGAUAGUUGCAUUGGGAACAAACUCGGGCGUGAUACAGAUUGUUUAUGGCGGCAGCUCGGAGAAUAAUAGCGACAGCACCACCCAACGUCUCUUGAAAUGGCAUUUCGACCAGGUGAAUGCCUUGUAUUUCACAAGCGAUAACAACUAUUUGUUGUCGGGUGGAUCUGAAAAAGUGUUGGUGUUUUGGCAGUUGGAGACGGAAAAGAAGCAAUUUUUGCCCCGAUUGAACGGACCCAUUGACAAAAUCGCCAUCGAUGCUCACAAGAACGACUAUAUCUCGCUUCUUUUGAAAACAGACGUGGGCAACUACGAGAUAUUGUUGCUAUCGUUGGUGGACUUGGUCUCCAGGUUGGCUGUCAACACAAUCAGACCCAAAUUUGCAAACAUUUUAAAGACAACACUAUCAAGGACCAAGAAGAGAUACGCUAAGGACGCUUCUUUCCGUAAGGAGUUCAACAAACUCAAAUUGAAAUACGACUACACUUGUGCUUUUGAAAUACACUCAAAAACGAAAAACUUGUAUUUUCCCAACGAAUCGUCGAUACAAGCUUACGACAUAAUCAGAAACGAGCAAAGCUUUGUGCAGCAUGCAGCGCCGACAAUCUCGACAGGUAAAGUGCGAGGAGAGCAAAAGAUUGCUGAUCCGCAAAUUGUUCUUCUCAAAUUCUCAAAAGACGGCGAAUGGAUGUGCACUUAUGACGAAGUCGCUGACUCCGAGAUUGAUUCGUUGAUGUCCAAAAAGGACAAGCAGCACGCUUUGAAAUUCUGGAAGUUCAACGAGAGCAAAGACAAGGAAAACAAGGACAACAAAGAUAACAAAGAUAGCAGAAAUGGCUUUUGGGAAUUGACUUCUAUAAUCAUGGAUCCACACGGGAAAGGCACACCCGUGCUUAGCUUGAUUGCUGCACCUACUUCAUAUUUCAACGGUGUAGCAUUCCUCACCGCUGACAACCGCGGAGGCUUGCGUGUAUGGAGACCAACGUUCCCCAAGGAAGCAUACAAAGUCAACACCGCAUCGACGCCGAAUAAACAAAACAAAUCGCAGCAGAUAGCAUGGACGUUGCGCAAACAAAAGCCCGCCUCGUCGUCCAACAGCACAUUUGACGCGGUAUCGCUCGCUUGGUCCGACGACAGCUCCACCAUUUUCAUGAGCCACGAAUGCUCGAUCGACUGCGUUGAUUCCAAGACGUUUGACCUAGUGCCCGAUUUCCAGAUCCCGACUUUGACCGAGUCGAAAAUCAGGGCGAUCCAUUUCCUCAAUAACCAUCUCGUGGUGCUUUCCAAGACCCGUUUUUUUGUCUACGAUCUCAUCGCGGCCCAAUUGACGGACUUGGUCACCAAGGUCCACACCACGAGCGGCGCCAAGCAAUUGAUCACCGUCGACGCUAAGAGGAACUUGAUUGGCUUGGCUAUCAACUUUUAUGAAAACUUUGAGCCGCUGGAGGCUGACAAUUUGAGCAUUGCGUCCAAAUUGUACAUUUUCAAACCCGAUCAAGCAAAACCCAUAUUCGUGAAGGAGCACGAUCUGGGCAUUGCUUCCUUGCGCACCGAUUCAAAGUCAUUUAUAUUUGUAGAUUUGGAGUGCCGAGCCGGUUCAAUCACUUCGACCUUGCUCGAGGACGUCCAUGACUUUAGAGAUGUUGCCGGCGACGACGACGACGAGGAGAAGAAGACGGGGUCGUUGACGGAUGAAAUCAAGCUGAUGUUGAUCAGUGCCCAGGGAAAUGUGGACUUGAUGAACUACAAAACCGAUGCCGGCAAUAUGCGGCCGAAGCAACAACAACAGAAUGGCUCAACUGAGGAAGAUUUCGAAGCAGCCAUGAGCACGAGCGAAAAGGUUGUAGGUUUGCACACUUUCCAAUCAGUGUUUCAGAAUUUAAAUGGCUUGCAGGUUGACACGAUAUUCGAUCGUAUUACAGAUAUUCUUAAAUAG